CCUUCCCAAGGAGGGUACAGGGAAGGUCGGCCAAGCAAGCGGGCAGAGCCGGCCGAGUGGGCAGGGCGGAGGGACGGGGAGGGCCCGAGGCAGCCGGGGUCCCACUGGGACAGAGCCGCAAGCGGACCCGCAGCUCGGCGGGGUGUGCGGUCCCUGCCCGCCCCCGCAUCCCGCUCGGCUUCCCGCCCGCGCCCAGCCCAGGGCCUGCGAGCGCUCAGGAUGCGGUACCCGGGCGCGGGUCCGGCCUCGCUGGCCUCGCUGGCGCUGCUGUGGUUGCUGGGCCUGCCGUGGACCUGGAGCGCGGCGGCGGCGUUCGGCGUCUACGUGGGCGGCGGCGGCUGGCGCUUCCUGCGCAUAGUCUGCCUGACUGCGAGACGCGACCUCUUCGGCCUCUCAGUUCUGAUCCGCGUGCGCCUGGAGCUGCGGCGGCACCGGCGCGCGGGCCACACCAUCCCGUCCAUCUUCCAGGAGGUGGCGCGGCAACACCCCGAGCGUCUGGCGCUGGUGGACGCAGGCAGCGGCGUGCGCUGGACCUUCGCGCAGCUGGAUGCCUACUCCAACGCCGUGGCCCAGCUCUUCCAACAUCUGGGCUUCGCGCCGGGUGAUGUGGUAGCCGUCUUCCUGGAGGGCCGGCCCGAGUUCGUGGGGCUGUGGCUGGGCCUGGCCAAGGCGGGUGUGGUGGCCGCGCUGCUCAACGUGAACCUGCGGCGCGAGCCGCUCGCCUUCUGCCUGGGCACCUCAGGCGCCAAGGCGCUGGUCUACGGCGGGGAGAUGGCAGCGGCGGUGGCUGAGGUGAGCGCGCAGCUGGGGAGCAGCCUGCUGAAGCUGUGCACAGGCGCAUUGGGGCCCGAGAGCCUGCUGCCCGACAGCCGCCUGCUGGAGGCGCUGCUGGAGGAGGCCCUGCCCGAGCUGCCUGCGCAGUCCCCGAGCUUGGGCAUGGAUGAUUGCCUCUUCUACAUCUACACGUCGGGGACCACGGGGCUGCCCAAGGCUGCCAUCGUGGUGCACAGCAGGUACUACCGCAUCGCAGCCUUCGGCCACCACGCCUACCGCAUGUGUGAGGCUGAUGUGCUGUAUGACUGCCUGCCCCUGUACCACUCGGCAGGCAACAUCAUGGGCGUGGGGCAGUGCCUGAUCUACGGGCUCACGGUGGUGCUGCGCAAGAAGUUCUCCGCCAGCCGCUUCUGGGAUGACUGCAUCAAUUACAACUGCACGGUGGUGCAGUACAUCGGCGAGAUUUGUCGCUACCUGCUGCGGCAGCCGGUGCGUGAGGCUGAGGUGCAGCACCAGGUGCGCCUGGCAGUAGGCAAUGGCCUGCGCCCCGCCAUCUGGGAGGAAUUUGCACGGCGCUUCGGGGUGCGGCAGAUCGGGGAGUUCUAUGGUGCCACAGAGUGCAACUGCAGCAUCGCUAACAUGGAUGGCAAGGUCGGCUCCUGCGGCUUUAACAGCCGCAUUCUGACGCGCGUGUACCCCAUCCGGCUGGUCAAAGUCAACGAGGACACCAUGGAGCUGCUGCGCGAUGCGCAGGGCCUCUGCAUCCCCUGCGAACCCGGGGAGCCUGGUCUCCUUGUGGGCCAGAUCAACCAGCAGGACCCCCUGCGCCGCUUUGACGGCUAUGUGAGUGAGAGCGCCACGAGCAAGAAGAUAGCGCACAGCGUCUUCCGCAAGGGUGACAGCGCCUACCUCUCAGGUGACGUGCUGGUCAUGGACGAGCUGGGCUACAUGUACUUCCGCGACCGCAGCGGAGACACCUUCCGCUGGCGCGGGGAGAACGUGUCCACAACCGAGGUGGAAGGCGUGCUGAGCCGCCUGCUGGGCCAGACCGACGUGGCGGUGUACGGUGUGUCUGUGCCAGGAGUGGAGGGCCGGGCGGGCAUGGCGGCCAUCGCGGACCCCCGCGGCCAGCUGGAGCCCAACUCCAUGUACCAGGAGCUGCAGAAAGUGCUGGCGCCCUAUGCGCGGCCCAUGUUCCUGCGCCUGCUGCCGCAGGUGGACACCACAGGCACCUUCAAGAUCCAGAAGACCCGGCUACAGCACGAGGGCUUCGACCCGCGCCAGACCUCGGACCGGCUCUUCUUCCUGGACCUGAAGCAGGGCCACUACCUGCCGCUGGACGAAGCUCUGCACGCGCAGAUCUGCUCUGGCGCCUGCGCGCUCUGACUCGGGCGCCCUCGCCGCGUGCGCGUGCGCGUGCGCGGCGGACGGACUGGCAGCGCCUCCUUCCCGUCCUGGGCUCUGGGCUGCAGUCUCCCUGCCUGCUGGCGCUGUGCCUUAGGACCUGCUCGGGCCCCACCGCGGGCUGCGGACGGGGUGCGGCCGGCGUCCGCUCCUUACGGGGCGCCCGCUCCUUACGCUGCACACUUGGGCUCGGGCUCC